AUGUUCUCGCUCUUCUGGGGGCUAUGGAGUUAUUUGUUCUCCAAGGCGGAGCUGCAUCUACUGAUUGUUGGGCUUGAUGACGCUGGUAAAACGACACUUCUGGAACAGCUAAAAAGUAUCUUUAGCAAAAAAACAGGCAUCCCUCUCGAUAAAAUCCCACCCACGGUGGGCCUCAACAUCGCUCGAGUUGAUAUCCGACGAUCGAGGGUCAUUUUCUGGGAUUUGGGAGGGCAGGAGAGACUUCGAGCAAUUUGGAACAAAUACUACAGUGAGAGUCAUGGCAUCGUGUUCGUAAUCGACUCGGCCAAUGAAGGGAGGUUCCAAGAAGCCAAAGAGACACUGCACGCAAUGCUGUCAAAUCCUGAGCUGUCGGGAAUACCGCUACUGGUGCUUGCCAAUAAGAUGGACUUGGAAGACGCGCAAACCGUGAACCACAUAUCAGGGAUGUUGGACUUAGUAGAGCACCAAGGCGCAGUAGCGAGCUAUUCCGUCUGUGUCUUGACAAAGGAGGGCAUUGAAGGCGCAAUGAACUGGCUAGUGGAUGCUGUUAAGUCUAGCGAUCGAUUCUACGAAAAGUCAGCUGCAGGAGGCACCUGA